CAGCUGAUCCUGUCGUGCUUCAGACUGCCGAAUUUUCACAGAGUAUUUUCGUUUCAAUCUAAGUAAUAACAAGGAAAGAUAGGAUGAGGUUGACCACAGUUUUGUUGAGAUUUAAGCAUCCGCACGGCCACUUGUAUCACGGAAAACACCGACUAAGGAAAGCAGUCACUGACAAAAGCUUCAGAGCUCUGCGCUGGGACUACGAAAUAGAAGAGCAGAAUAUGCUGCUACUGCGUCAUCCUUACUUAACAAUUGAGCAGUCCAGUGGUCAUAUGAAAGACCUUAGAGUAGACCCCAUAGCUAAAUGGGAUAAGGAAAGAAGUGAAAAAUUUUCCAAAAUUACUACUUUGGAAGAUAGACUUAUGCAUUUGAAAGUGAGAGAUGCUUGGGAUUAAAAUAAACAAUUUAAGGUAGUAGAUUAAUAAUGGACAAUUCUUUAUUUGUUUAAAUUAUACAACAAAUGUACAUACAUAUAAACAAUUAUGAGAUAAAGAUACUUCAAUUAAUACAUCGUUCCGUCAUUGGAAA